AUGCAACACUACUCCAGAUCCGACUUCCUGGAAACCGGGAGCUUGACUCGCUCGCGCAGUACCAGUCUUUCCAGUGACUCGCAACACCCCCGAGUCAAUCUCAUGUCGCCGCCGUCCGUCCGCCCCCCGCCUGCUUUUAUUUCUUUCUCCGCGGCCUCGGAGAUCAUCACAUCCGAUCAAGAAUACAAUACCGCCGACUUUGCAGAAGAUGAAAAUACGGGGGCUGCGGCCAGUGCCCUGGUAACCCCAGCAGCAUUGUCUCUCUUGAACGGUUUCCUCGAUAAUUUGUUAUUUAAUAUUCUUGCGGCCUCGAAAUCCACCCAGCUGGCUUGCAUUCGACCGGUUUUGGCGGACGUUCUAAAGCCCCGCCUCGCACAAGAGGUGGUGACCACCGCAGAUGAAGAAUUGGGCGAAUACAUGGGCGGCGAGGAAAAUGAGGAAUCAGAAUUUCGGGGAGGUCAAGAACCCGGUGGGGACUUUGAUCUCGUUCGCUCGUGGAAGCUGACUCGUCUACGAUGCAUGGUUUACACCAGACUCGGCGACAUGGAAGAGGAGGAUGAGGACGAGUUUAUCGCACAGGAGGGCCUCGGGGAGUCCGAUGGUGCCCCCCGCCGAUUCUCAAGUCAUGUCGACAAUAUCACCCCCGCAGCAGCGAUUUUCUUAACUUCCAUUAUUGAACACAUCGGCGAGCAAGCGCUCAUCAUUGCGGGCGAGACCGCACGAUCAAGGUUAUCUACCAAGCUGAAUGAUACUGAAAGUCAAUUCUCGGACGAUAUGGAAGACCACCGCAAGCGAAUUGAGCAGUUGGUCGUGGAAGAUCUCGACAUGGAGAAGUUGGCGUUGAACGCGACACUGGGUCGCCUAUGGCGUACCUGGAGAAAGCGCAGACGCAACACCACCCUUUCACGAACAUUGUCUCGCGAGUCUUUCAGACGCCGCACCUUUUCACAUACGUUGGCCAACAGCCGCAAGAGCAGCAUUGUGACUAUCGAGGAGCCGGUGACCCCGGAAGAGCCUGUUCCUGAGGAUAUUACCGCGGCAAUCGAUCCCAUUACGGUCCCUUUGCCUAUGAGCGAUUAUGAUGUCGAGGAGAUCGAGGUCCCUGGGUACAACCCAGACAUGGAGAUCGAAGUGGUGCAGACAAUGCAGGCGGUUGUUGCUCAUAAGGUGCGACCGCGCAGUUUGAUGGUGGUCCCCUCGCCAUCGCUGGUGGCAAGGUCGGGCAACUCUCCUCUGAGCGCAUCAGCAGUUGAGAGCCCUCUACUUCGCCAUGCUCGCUCUAGAUCAUUGCCAAACCAUAAGUCCAAUUGCCCUCCAGAGCGACAGGGUGACGAGGUCGAGGAGGCAGACGCAGUCUCCCCAGGUGAAGCAUCACCCAAGUCUGCUAGGUCUUCUCGGUCAUCUUCAAAGGAGAAGCUGGAGACCAUGUACGAGGAUGAUGAAUCGGCCGAGUUCGUGGAUGCGUCAGAGUCUACUAUGGGCAUCGCAGUCACCACCGAAAAUGAGGAGUCCAGAGCAGCAGCGGAAUUGUCCGACAAGGAGUGCAUGUCUGUCGUACAGGAGGAGGAAGAGGAGGAUGCGCCGGCUGUUGGUGUAACGAUCGCAUCAUUGCGAUCACGUCUGCACGAGGACGAAGGGACGGAACAGUCUGACGAUAACCGUGUUUCGGUCUCGUCGCUGAAUGGUGGAGCCCCAGAGGAUCCGGAGAUUAUCGAAGGACAGGGGAUGCGCGAGAAGCCUACUCUGACGUCGACAAUCCAAAGACCGAAGAGAAAGCAAAGUAGGGAUGUUUCUCAGUCUUAUGCAAAGCCGAUCAUUGCAGAAACUAGUGACCCUGAUCUUCCAUCUACCGAAUCUACGCAAGGGGUGGCGCCCGCACUGGCUCUACCGGCCGACGCCACCAUCGAGGCUAUCAAUUCUCCUAGUGAUGUCGAUGCUACCGAGGGCGAUCACAAUAAAUCAGACAUGAAAUCCGUGUCUGAAAAGGCCCCUUCGAACGAAGCGGUUGUUUCUGAGAAAUCUUCCGAGAGCCCGUUGGAGCUUGCUACUAUUACCGAGACAUUCCCUCUUCCUGGCUCUGACCCUAGUGCUGCUGAAUUCGCUGUCGCUGAAGAAUUUACUGGACCUGAGGCUGUUACCCCAGAUCUUGCUGCAUCAUCGGAGAUUUCUCGACCGCAUUCAACUUCGGGAGAUAGUGAACGUUCCUCACAAUCACGCACCCGCCGCAGGCCUACCCCAUUAGUGGUGACCUCUAGCAACCGUAGCUCUCCAACUCUGGAACAGCGAGCUGCUGUGCAGCGCAUGUCUGGCCGUCCCACUACAUCGAUCUCCUCAUCUGUCCUAAGCAAGCCUCGCCGCUCAGAGAGCUUUAACAGCACUCGCGAAAAGCGCCCGGUCACUGCUGGUUCCACGACCUCUCAAGUUUCAAACAAACUAAAGGGCCUUAUGAACCGCCCACCAGGCGAGUCCCCGUCCCUCCGGCUCCGUAGCUCGUCUGAUACGAGCCGGGCGUCUGUUAGCGGAGACUCCCUCGACAACGACACCACCGACCUGGACAAAUUGAUCAACAGCGAUGAGACCAUUCAUUUCACGUUGACUCCUAAAAGUGUGAGAGAGAUGACAUUCCCCGAUGCGCCUCGACCAAUUCCUCGCUCGGACACCACUGACACGACCGACCUUGCCGAGUUCCUGAAGAACACUGGCCCACCGGGAGCCGACCCCCGGGCUUCCGUCUCUUCCAAGGCCACUGGAGAACUGCUCAUUGCAAAGGCGGGUGACUCCCCCAAGCACAUUCCAAUCACUUCACGCAUGAGCUUGUCUCCCACGGACGCUGCUGCUCCUGUACCACCCCGCGAGACCCGUACUGCUAGUACUACUGUCAGCAAGCCACCUGCUCCCACCAGUGCCCCGAGCCCGACUAUCGACUCUCCCAAGUCAGUUCGAACCCAGCCAAGCAUCUCGUCUACCCGGUCAAAUCCCAACCGGCCCAAACUGCAGGCUCGCGCAGCAGAGACACGGGGAUCAGAGACUUCUGAUCUGAUUGAUUUCAUCCGCCAAGGACCGCCGCAGUCUGCCCACCGCAUUCCUCGUACAGUUGCGCCAUUCCGAAACACGAUCGACUCGGAUGAUGUGCAAAUUAACUCCCAAAACAGCUCGCUUGCCAGUACCCGCGAAGGCUCCGGUGCUAACAAGUCCCUUACUUCGUUUGGCUCGCGCACUGGGCUGCUGGAUUCAUCCAACCGUCCCAGCGGUCAGGCCAAGGCGACUGCAUCCACAGGCAUGGCGGAGCCUGCUCAACCCGUACGCAAGCAACGACGUGUUCGGGACCCCUACGCUAUUGAUGACGAUGACGAUGACGAUCUGCUCGAGGAACUGAUACAAGCCAAGCCACCUGCACGCCAGGAGGAGAGUUUGAUUGACUUCCUGCGCAGCGAACCACCACCCGACUUUCAGCAAGCCCAGCCUCAACCACUGAGCAUGCGGCCACCUGCAACGUCCAGCUCGAACGGAUCGGGGGGAAUGAAGUCUCGUCUGAUGUCAGGGAAUGGCCCCUCAUCUAAGAUGUCGAUGAGCUCUAUGCGCUCACUGAACAAUACCCCGCAGUCCAACUAUUCCUUGAAGGUCGGUAUGGAGCGGAACCCUGGGAUCUUGCCAUCCACAUCCAACCGCCAGACCGAGACCAGUGCACUAGCGGACUUCCUCCGGAAUACCGGCCCGCCAGAGCCUGCUCCCCAGAGCGUCAUGACCCCCAAGAUUAAAGAAAGCGGUUUCUCCCGCUUCUUCACACGUCGCAAGAAGGUCGAAGCCUAA